UCGGGGAAGGACCGUGCCCCCGCGGAGCCCGCAGGAAGCAUGCUGCUCCCCAACGCCAGGAGAUGGGGCAGGUAAUGCGACACGCCAGCCUGUGCCGAGGUUCUCAGAUCCACUUUCUCCAGAGCUGGCGAGGACAGCAAGCCGCAGUAAAACCAGAGAGCGAUCCGAGCCAGUCUGUCGCUGUCCAGAACAGCGGUGAACAUCCCGACUCGGGUGCAGAGAGAGAGGCAGAGAAUGCAGCUGUGAAGGACGGGAGGAAGUGUCGCAGGAAAGGAAAAGAGAGAAGUAAGGACAGGGAGAGAGGCACAGAGACCUUCACAGAGUGCCAGCACAGGUGUGAGCAGCAACAAGACCAGAAAGUACAGAGACAGGUGAAGACACUGCCGAACUUUGAGAGUGCCUGUGCGAUUUCCACACAACCCUAUACUGCUCAAGAGGAAUCUCUUCUUCAUCUUGCCUCAGCCAUCGAUACUAUCUCUCUACGAGCUGUCAUCAGUGAUGCCCUGUCAACGGUCCUCCCCAAAGUGGAGAGCAUCUACAUUUACCUUCUGGAUGUCAAAUCAAGCAAACUGCUGUGUGACAACCCCCCGCACGAGAUGUCCAAGGAGGGGAGGCUCAGGGAGGCUGUCGUCACCAAGCAACGCAUCAAGUGUAAUGGGCUUCACAAGACGGACAUCCAGGUGCCCAGGAUGAAUCAUCUGCUGGCCCCUCUGCCGACUGACAAGCAAAUAAUGAUCCUUCCAGUUAUAGACACUGACAUAGGAAGGGUAAUCAGCGUGAUAUUGGUAUACUGUGGGCUCAUGAACGACAUCAAUGAACCAUGCUUUCGCAUUCUGGAGAGACAUAUCUGUGCCUCCUGCAAGCGAGUCCAGGCUCUCCUAAACCCAUUAAGUUGGAGUCACUUCUCCAUAGGCCAGGUCACCAAUGCAGAGAUGGAGAUCUCAGGAGCUUUCGAUGAGCUAGACCGCAAGGUUCUACAAUUAUGUGGCGAACUGUACGACCUCGAUGCUACUGCUCUUCAACUGAAGAUUAUUCAGUAUUUACAACGGGAGACUCACUCGAUGUGCUGCUGUUUGCUGGUUGUCGCGGAAGGCGAUACCCAUCUCUUCUGUCAGGUGGUUGGAGACAAGGUCCUGGAGGAGGAGAUUAUCUUCCCGCUGGAUUUCGCUCACCUGGAACAGUCUGAGGGGAGUAACAAAGCCCUGACCCUCAGUGACAUCAGCCCGGAGCAGCACAUGAAACUGAACAGCAUUCUGGGAUUUGAGGUCCGUACCAUGUUAUGUGUUCCGGUCAUCUGUCGGGCUACAGAUAAUGUCGUCGCCUUGGGCUGUGCCUUCAACAAACGAGCGGGCAAUUAUUACACAGAGGUGGAUGAGCAAACGAUUCGGCACUGUUUCCAGUACACAGCCACUGUCCUCACCAGCACCAUGUCAGUGCAGAAGGAACAGAAACUGAAGAUCGAAUGUCAGGCUCUUCUCCAAGUUGCCAAGAAUCUAUUCACACACUUAGAUAACGUUACAGUGCUCCUUCAAGAGAUCAUUCAGGAAGCACGCAAUCUUACCAACGCGGAGAGCUGUUCAGUGUUCCUGUUGGAGCAGAACAACAAGGAGCUGGUUGCAAAAGUGUUCGACGGAGGAUUUGUAACUGACGAGUCCGCUGAGUUCCGGAUGCCAGCAGACCAGGGGAUCGCAGGUCACGUGGCAACCACUGGUCAAAUCCUCAACAUCAAGGAUGCUUACUCUCACCCACUGUUCUACCGGGGCGUCGACGACACAACUGGCUUCCGGACCAGGAACAUCCUUUGCUUCCCCAUUAUCGAUGAGAACAACCAGAUCGUUGGGGUUGCCGAACUGUGCAACAAGAUCAACGGGCCGUGGUUCACCAAGUUUGACGAGGACCUGGCUCUGGCUUUCUCCAUCUACUGCGGAAUCAGCAUUGCGCACUCAUUGCUGUACAAGAAGGUCCAUGAAGCCCAAUACAGAAGUCACCUGGCCAAUGAGAUGAUGAUGUACCACAUGAAGCUAUGUCUUGACAGGUUCUGCUUGAUGGUGCAGAAAGGUUACCGAGACCCCCCUUACCACAACUGGACGCACGCCUUCUCCGUCACGCACUUCUGCUAUCUCCUCUACAAGAAUCUGCCCUUGGCAGAAUACCUGCUUGACCUAGAGAUCCUCGCGCUCUUUGUGUCUUGUAUGUGUCAUGAUCUAGACCACCGAGGGACCAACAACUCUUUCCAAGUGGCGUCGAAGUCGGUGUUAGCUGCAUUGUACAGUUCAGAAGGAUCAGUCAUGGAGAGGCACCAUUUUGCUCAGGCCAUCGCCAUUCUGAACUCCGAGGGGUGCAAUAUCUUCGAGUCCUUCUCUCGGAAGGACUACCAGAAGAUGCUGGACUUGAUGCGGGACAUUAUUUUGGCCACUGACAUGGCUCACCACAUCGAGAUCUUACCGGCACUCCAGGAGGUGGUUAAAGCUUACGACAAAAAGAACGAGGACCAUCACACUCUCCUCUUGAAUCUGAUGAUGACAACCUGUGACCUCAAUGACCAGACCAAAGGAUGGAAAACCACCAUCAAAACCGCGGAGUUGAUUUAUAAGGAAUUCUUUUCACAAGGAGAUUUGGAGAAGGCAAUGGGGAACCGUCCGUUAGAGAUGAUGGACCGAGAAAAGGCCUAUGUUCCUGACCUCCAGAUCAAUUUCAUGGAACAUAUUUGCAUGCCAACUUACAAGCUCCUGAUGGACAUCUUCCCUCUGGCAGAACCUCUGUACCAGCAGGUAAAAGCCAAUCGAGACCAGUGGGUGAAGGUGUCCUCCAAAUUCAGCUUCACAGGGCUUCCUAGCAGCAGCAACUUGGACUUUCUCACUGAGAUCGGAGAGUCCCAAUUGAACUCUGAAGACACACCCUCCCAGUGAUCGCAGAAACCAACCCCAACCAAUAAUUAUAAUUUUUAUUGCAGUUUAAACAAACAGAACAUAAAAAUUACAAAAAUGUGUCAUUGGAAGCAUCUGAAAUCAAAAAUCAUUGGCACCCUACAAUGUGAUUUUUUUUAUAUAUAGGAACCUGAUUAAUAAUUGUCACUGCAUUCUCUCAUGUUCCGUUUGCUGGAAUUCUUUUCAACACGGUUCACAACAUCCGUUCAGUGUCCGCUUUAUUAGGUACACCUGUACACCUGCUCAUUAAUGCAAAUGUCUGAUCAGCCAAUCACGUGGCAGUAACUCAAUGCAUAAAAGCAUGCAGACAUGGUCAAGAGGUUCAGUUGUCAUUCAGACUCGUGCAUGCGUUAGACUCCUUGGUCUGUGUUUCGAGAUGGGACAGACGAGUUACCGACACCGCCUGGGAUCCCCGGCGUCUGCUUUCUUUCAGAAUGUGACUCGCACCGGCUCGACGGCUAUCCUAUAGAUCGAAGGUGCCUUGAUAAUGUGAGAGAUCAGAGGAGAAUGGCCAGCCUGGUUCUAGCUGACAGUAACUGAGAUAAUCACGUGUUACAACAGUUUCGUGCAGAAGGGCAUCUGUGAACACACAGCACGGCAAACCUUGAAAUGGACGGGCUACAGCAGCAGAAGAUCACACUGGGUUCCUCUCCUGUACCUAAUAAAAUGGCCACUGAGGGUCGAUCCCGGGCAACGCAGGGCAUUAUUGAACA